UCACCGGAUGUCCCAGGAUGGCUUUCCUUCUUAAACACAGACACAUGCAUGCUUCCCUUCACAAUCUUCUUCACUGAGCCCUCCCUCUCAGCAAACCCAGCAGGCUGGAAACCUUAACGGUCUUUUACCGUGCGUAAAAACUAAAAACGAUUCCGCCAUUUUCAACAAUCUCCUCGAGUCUUCGAAUCCUACUAUGGGUGACGGUCCCGAGGAAGCCCCUCCCAGCGACCCCGGGAAUGUGGAGGCUGCUCCGGGGACCGCCGACAGGGUCCAGGAGAGGGGGCAGUGGGCCAACAAAACCGAAUUUGUUCUGUCCAUGGCCGGAGAGAUCAUCGGCCUGGGCAACGUAUGGCGCUUCCCCUAUUUAUGCUAUAAGAACGGAGGAGGUGUGUUCUUCAUCCCCUACUUUGUGUUCCUCUUCUUCUGCGGGAUCCCUGUCUUCUUCCUGGAGACAUCCCUGGGCCAGUACACCAGCGAGGGCGGGGUCACAGCCUGGAGGAAAAUAUGCCCCAUGUUUGAGGGAAUAGGAAUCGCAUCACAGGUCAUUGUCCUCUACCUCAACAUCUACUACAUCGUGGUGUUGGCCUGGGCCAUUUUUUACCUCUUUAAUUCUUUUAAAAACCCGCUCCCCUGGUCAGCUUGCACCAACAGUUGGAACACAGCACACUGCCAGAACAAGAGCAUCAUGGGACACGAGUCCGUCCUGUUCAACAUCACUAUGAACGAUUAUGAGUACGAAAGGUUGUACCAAGCUAAAUAUUUCUGAUUAAUGCUUUGUCAGUUCAUUUUUUGGGGUUGCAGAACAGAAUGUAUGUAUGUAUUGGGGUAAUGUGUAAGAAAAGGUAGGGGAAGACUUGUCUGAAGAAGAAAGAUAAAUGCAUCUUACAUUUUUUUCAUACAAUAGCUUGAAUUUGCGCAUUAAACAAUAUUAUGAUGCCUAUAUUAUUGGAAUAUAUUGUGAGCUUGCUGAUGUUACAGUGUAACAUACUCCAGCUUAAAAAUAUG